AUGACCUCCGUCGUCGCUAUCGGUGUUGGUGUUGCCGCGGCCGCUUUCUUCGGUCGAGCAGGUCUAGUUGCCCUGCGCAGAUACAGAGGAGGCGUCAACGGUGCUGGCCGUGCAUUCUACAAGGGCGGAUUCGAGCCCAAGAUGAAUCGGAGGGAGGCUUCUCUCAUCCUAUCUCUCUCUGAACGAACUCUUACCAAAGACAAAGUCCGCUUGAACCACCGCAAGCUGAUGCUCCUUAACCAUCCCGAUCGAGGCGGCAGCCCGUACCUCGCCACGAAGAUCAACGAAGCAAAGGAGCUGCUUGAGAAGUCCGUUUAG